CGAACUCUUUUUGACCAAACUCGCAAGGUUUACGCCAAAAGUGCAGUCUUCAUUGACAUGCACACCUUGCCCGCUUUCACUGCGUCGCAGCACGAAAUUGUACGCAAAGCUAACCGUGCAAUUUUCAUCUCGAGCAUCCUCGAAGGCCACGACAUCAGCUUCUUCGACCUAGACUGCCGUUUUAUGGAAACUUUCAUCUGUCCGGGCCAGCGCUUGCUUAAGUGGCAGGGCACCAUCUUCCUCGAGCUGAAGACACAGGCAUACAUCGCUGCUCUCAUGAACAAUGACGGCCCGUCAGAAGCCUUGCUGGACGAACUGUUCCCUAAUGACUUGGCGGAUCAACUCUUGUCUCGUCAUCCAGAUGCUCCUACCCUCGCACCUAGCGAACAAGACUUCCUUGACAGAGCCCGCGCUAGGAAACAAUAUCUCUUCGACGAACCAUCAUACGAUGCAUACCAGACUUUGCCUCGGAAAUAUGGUUGGCAUGAUUUCUUGCGUGAAUUUGCCGUGGCACUCAGCAAAAAUGUUGAGGCCAUAAUCAACAAUCCCGCACGAACUCCCAUCAGUCAACCUGGAGUCAUCUCACCAUCCUACGCAGCCGGUAGUCGUGGAACACCGUCAUCAGGCAGAUUUGGAAGCUUGAGUAGUCCGCUAGCUGGUGCUCAAGAUCAAAGCAAUGGUCUCGGAGAUCAAAGCAGCCUACUGGCGGAAAGUACUCAACGGCAACCUACGCCGUUACGAGCAGUCCAGGGAACACCCGAGAUCGGCCAAUCCAAGACCUCACCAAAAGCACGGCCAAAGCCAAAGACAGGCGGUAGCGCCACGCAACGGCAGCCUUGGAAGCAAGAAGAGGAAGACGCACUGAUGGCUGGUCUGGCCGAAGUCAAAGGGCCCCACUGGUCACAGAUCCUCAGUUUGUAUGGCCGCGGUGGUAGUGUCAGCGAAGUGCUCAAAGACAGGAAUCAAAUCCAGCUCAAGGACAAGGCCCGCAACCUCAAACUAUGCUAUCUCAAGAUGGGCAAGGAGGUACCGGAAUGUCUACGAGGUGUCACUGGAGAACUUCGCAAGCGAGGCGGCGCACGCGUACGUGCUGCGCUGGGUUUGACAGACGACAACGGACCUCCAUCGAAGAAAGGCUCGCGAUCAGGCACACCGCUUGAUCCGUCGCUGAAGGCGUGA